AUGGAGGAAUGGUUCGCCGAGCAGCCGUCGUCGACGCAAACGAAACGAAGCUCAGCCUUCAAGAAGGGCCUGAAAAGGAUGCACGGCUGUGCUGGAGAGGAAGGGCAGUCGCGCUGCAUGCUGCUGAACAUGAUGCUUCCGUCAGAGUUAGUGAUCGCUGCUCACUUGUUCCCUCGUAAGAAUGAGGCGCACGUCCAGCAAGCGCUGGGCUUUGAAGGCAUCGACAACUUGAAGAACGGGCUGCUGCUGUUUGGGCCGCUGGAGAAGGCGCUCGAUAAACGCCAAGUCAGCAUCAUCUACGACAGGAACAGCAAGGAGUUCCAUCUCAAGUUGUUUGACCACCACUUGCUGCAACAGCGACUGUUUGAUCAUCUAACCGAGAGCCAGCAGUGGGUUCUGGUCGACGGCGCUCAGGGAUAUGACAUCGAGACAACUUUUCGCGCCAUCGACGGCCGAAAGCUUCACUUCGGGACCGAUAAGCGCCCGUUUAAGCGCUGUUUGAACCUGCAAGCGCGCUUGGCACGAAAGAAGGCGAUUCGGGAGGGAUGGGACUUCGGGGGGGGGUUGACUUUGAAGACUUCUGGUCGGAGGGUCCCGUGA